GUUUCCUCCUAAAACCAAUUAUCCUUGGCACAGUGCAAACGCAACUUUCCCCUGAGAGGUGCCAAGUCUAGGCUUGCUCUUUCCACAAGGCGACCGACCCCAAUUAAUUGCAAGACGUCCGCAACCUAAGUCCAUGCUGCAGAUUCUCACGUCGUCACUCUUCGCCGACCCUCUCGACAUACACGAUUCCCAACCGUCAGUCGCAGCUGGCUUUGACCAUCCAUUCGUUUUCUCCGUCUGGCGCUGCCGCUCGAACCGCCAACGGUUCCCCGCUUCCUGUCGACACGUCCGGGACCCCAUCAAUUUUUGACUCGAGAUUGCGGCCGGUUCCAGCACCACAAAAUCCAGGGAUAGAAAUGGGCGUCGAAGAAAAGACACGGGCGUCGGGCGAUCAACCUAGAGAGGGAGAUGGCCCGAUUCUUCCGACCGUGGACCCCGAGGCCGAAAAACUUCAACCACCCAAGCCGUCACUGCAUCCCGCUUUAUACGUGAGCGUCUGGAUCGCACUCAGUUCUUCGGUCAUUCUGUUCAACAAAUGGAUACUCUCAACGCUCGGAUUCGCGUACCCGGUCAUUCUGACCACCUUUCACUUGACCUUUGCGACCAUCAUGACACAACUCCUGGCACGCUACACGACGCUCCUCGAUGGACGCAAGACAGUCAAGAUGACGGGCCGCGUCUACCUCCGCGCAAUCGUCCCAAUCGGCUUCUUCUUCAGCUUGAGCUUGAUUUUCGGCAAUCUCACAUAUCUCUACCUCAGCGUUGCGUUCAUUCAGAUGCUCAAGGCCACUACUCCUGUUGCGGUCCUUCUCUCUAGUUGGGCCCUCGGCGUCUCGCAGCCGAACCUCAAGGUCUUCCUCAAUGUCUCGGCCAUCGUCGUGGGUGUUGUCAUUGCCUCGAUCGGCGAAAUCAAGUUCGUCUGGAUCGGCUUCAUCUACCAGAUUGCCGGCAUCAUCUUUGAGGCGCUUCGUCUCACCAUGGUCCAGCGACUCCUCAGCUCAGCCGAGUUCAAGAUGGAUCCUUUGGUGUCGCUGUACUACUUUGCCCCUGUCUGCGCCGUCAUGAACUUUGUGGUGGCCCUCUUCUGGGAGAUCCCCAAGGUUACCAUGAGCGAAGUUUACAACGUCGGCCUGUUCAUGUUCUUCCUGAACGGAAUGUGCGCCUUCCUCUUGAAUGUCUCGGUUGUCUUCCUGAUCGGCAAGACCUCAUCCCUCGUCCUCACCCUCUGUGGUGUUCUCAAGGACGUCCUCCUCGUCGUCGCGUCGAUGAUUAUUUUUGGAACCCAGGUCACUGCCCUGCAGUUCUUCGGCUACAGCAUCGCGCUCGGCGGCAUGAUCUACUACAAGCUCGGUUACGAGGCCAUUAAGGGCUAUGCUGGCGAGGCCGGUAGGCAAUGGGCUGAUUUCGGCAACCGCCGCCCAAUACUCCGGCGCGUGGCCGUCAUCUUGCUGGCGCUGAUGACUGUCUUUGUCGUCCUUGGCGGCUUCGCGCCGUCGUAUGAUGCGACGCACGUACUCGACACGGCAAAGAAUAAGAUGGGCCUGUCCAAGUUCUGAGCGGCGACGACAAGUAGAAUGUAAUUUCAAGGCAUGACAAUGGUGUGGGCGGACGGGGGUGCAUUCCCCACGGCUUCUUUCUUUAUAAUGCCCACGUUCUUUUUCAAGACCGGGAGUGCAAACAAAACGGGCUAGAGGUGGUACGGUGCUUGCAUUUUCUGGAACCUCCGGCUGGGAGCCGCUGAGUAGCGUACGGACGGAUGGCUGGGAGUUUAUCUUACAAUCAAUUUGUCGACAUGAACAUCGAUCGCGGUCAGCGGCGAUAGCGUGUUUGGUCGGGAUUACAUACCCAACUCACCGCUGUCAUCCCACCAUUCUUGUAUAAGUCCGUUCUCCCUUCGUUUCAUGUACUUACAUCCAGAAAUUCAGGUCCCGUUCCACGGUGUCAUGGCCAGCAGAACACGGGAGGGUGGGCUGAAAGCGUCACAGACCAUACGGACUUAUGUAAGGGGAUAGACUUGUCCGGACAGCAUUCGAAUCAUAUCAUGUUGU